AUGAUACCGAUGCAGUCGCUCUACCGGAAACUCCAUCGCAAGCACGACUUGAUCAGGACGUUUCUCAGUGCAAUUUUCCUGGGUUCAUUCCGGCUGCCUUAUGAAGAGAUCCGGGAUAUCAUGCUGCAGGUGGAUGAGGAAAGGCUAAGUGAAGCACUAAUCCAGAACCUGAUCAAAAACCUUCCUGAGCAGAAGGAGCUGAGCAAUCUGGCCGAGCUAAAGAGUGAAUACGAGGAGCUUUGUGAAUCAGAGCAGUUUGGAAUUGUGAUGAGCUCAGUCAAGAUGCUGCGUCCACGACUGAACGGGAUCCUCUUCAAGCUGACGUUUGAGGAGCAGGUGAACAACAUCCGGCCCGACAUCAUGAACGUGACAUUCGCAUGCGAGGAGGUGAAGAAGAGCGAAGGUUUCAGCAUGAUUCUGGAGCUGGUGCUGCUGGUCGGAAAUUACAUGAACGCUGGCUCCAGAAACGCUCAGACAUUCGGCUUCAACAUCAGCUUCCUCUGCAAGCUUCGUGACACCAAGUCGACUGACCAGAAUACAACUCUUCUGCACUUUCUGGCCGAGAAAUGUGAAGAAAAGUAUCCUGAGAUCCUGAAGUUCCCUGAUGAGCUUGAGCAUGUUGAAUGUGCCAGCAAGGUAUCUGCCCAGAUCCUGAAAGCCAGCCUGGACACAAUGGAACGGCAUAUUCAGAGGCUGGAGAACGACAUCCAGAACUUCCCCAAGACUGAAGACAAGCAGGAUAAGUUUGUUGAAAAAAUGUCGAGUUUCUCCAAGCAUUCGCGAGAGCAGUAUGAGAAGCUCUCCACCAUGCACAAGAAUAUGCAGAAGCUAUACGAGAGCCUAGGGAGCUACUUCGCCUUCGACCCCCACACCGUCAGCAUCGAGGACUUCUUCGGAGAACUGGCUAACUUCCGCAACCUCUUCAUGGAUGCUAUGCGGGAGAACCACAAGAAGAGGGAGAUGGAGGAGAAGAUCAAGAGAGCCAAGCUGGCAAAGGAGAAAGCUGAGCGAGAGAAACUAGAGCGACAGCAAAAGAAGAAACAGCUGAUUGACAUGAACAAAGAAGGUGACGAGAUGGGCGUGAUGGACAACCUGAUGGAGGCCUUGCAGUCUGGAGCAGCCUUCCGUGACCGCAGGAAACGAACCCCACGCAACGGUGAUCAAAGCCCUUCCUGUUCUGCACCUCGGUGGCCGGGUGCUAACCAUGGUAACAGAAUGAACCUAUGUUUACCCCACUUGCCCUGCUCUUCUCCCUAUAACACUUGCUUAUAGCCUGGACUUAAAAAAUACUUUGGUUGAACUCUAAAAAACUAUACUGAGCUCCACAACUGGAUGUGUGGGUUUGAAGAAGAUGGCUUUCUCUCUUAGGCUUUG